AUGUUUCCCAAUGGCACCACCUCCUCUCCUUCCUCCUCUCCUAGCCCUAGCCCGGGCAGCUGCGGCGAAGGCGGUGGCGUCAGGGGCCCUGGGGCCGGCGCUAUGGACGGCAUGGAGGAGCCGGGGCGCAACGCGUCCCAGAAUGGGACCUUGAGCGAGGGCCAGGGCAGCGCCAUCCUCAUCUCCUUCAUCUACUCCGUGGUGUGCCUGGUGGGGCUGUGUGGGAACUCCAUGGUCAUCUACGUGAUUCUGCGCUACGCCAAAAUGAAGACGGCUACCAACAUCUACAUCCUUAACCUGGCCAUCGCGGAUGAGCUGCUCAUGCUCAGCGUGCCCUUCCUCGUUACCUCCACGCUGCUGCGCCACUGGCCCUUCGGCGCGCUCCUCUGCCGCCUCGUGCUCAGCGUGGAUGCGGUCAACAUGUUCACCAGCAUCUACUGCCUGACUGUGCUCAGCGUGGACCGCUACGUGGCCGUGGUGCACCCCAUCAAGGCAGCCCGCUAUCGCCGGCCCACUGUGGCCAAGGUGGUGAACCUGGGCGUGUGGGUGCUGUCGCUGCUCGUCAUCCUACCCAUCGUGGUCUUCUCCCGCACCGCGGCCAACAGCGACGGCACCGUAGCCUGCAACAUGCUCAUGCCCGAGCCCGCCCAGCGCUGGCUGGUGGGCUUCGUGCUGUACACAUUCCUCAUGGGCUUCCUACUGCCCGUCGGGGCCAUCUGCCUGUGCUACGUGCUCAUCAUUGCCAAGAUGCGCAUGGUGGCCCUCAAAGCCGGCUGGCAGCAGCGCAAGCGCUCGGAGCGCAAGAUCACCCUGAUGGUGAUGAUGGUGGUGAUGGUGUUCGUCAUCUGCUGGAUGCCUUUCUACGUGGUGCAGCUGGUCAACGUGUUCGCCGAGCAGGACGAUGCCACCGUGAGCCAGCUCUCUGUCAUCCUUGGCUACGCCAACAGCUGCGCCAACCCCAUCCUCUAUGGCUUCCUCUCAGACAACUUCAAGCGCUCUUUCCAGCGCAUUCUGUGCCUCAGCUGGAUGGAUAACGCCGCCGAGGAGCCGGUCGAUUACUAUGCCACGGCCCUCAAGAGCCGCGCUUACAGCGUGGAGGACUUCCAGCCGGAGAACCUGGAGUCGGGUGGCGUCUUCCGUAACGGCACCUGCACGUCCCGGAUCACGACGCUCUGAGCCCUGGCCCGGCAGGGGCGCGGCACCGGGAGCAGGCGAGGGGUGGGGAAGGCGGGAGGUCGCGGCUACAGCAGGAGUGUAUCCUGGAAGGCGCCAGGGUGCAGUUGAGGUGAUGUGGGGCUAAGGGCUUCGCGAUCCUCGGGUGGAGGGACUCGGAAAAAUGGAGUUGGGCGUUUUGCUUAUCAACUGGAAAGGCUUUCAGCCACAUUCUCCUCUGUCUCCCCUUCUUCACUGCGCUCACUCCUCUUUUCAUCUCGCUAUGUACCCCCAUAACUUACCUCCUUUCUGCCCCGCUAAGAGCAGAUCACGAACUCAUUAACUUCACCAAUUGGUCGUGACCCUCGAGCCCUCCAACCUCUGUCUCCGUUUGUUUAAGCUGAGCCACUGUUACCACCGCGGGUUUCCCUCGGGGUGAGGCCCCAGCUUGCCCUCAGCCUUCUGUGCCCGGCCGCGACCCCCACCCCCACCCCCGCCAGAAGACCUGCGGGUUCUGCUUUGUGCCGCCCGCGGAGUCUUGGGACCACCGCAAUCUCUUUGCUCAGCCCUCCUUUAAGGGAAGUCGGACUUGAGAAUGACCUAGGCAACUGGUCUUUUCUCCUAUUCCUGAAUGGGUGUGUGCCCUUCCACGAACCCUCCACCGUUCCCAUUCCACCCAGAGCCGAGCGGAGCCAGGUGCUUAGUAAAAUCGGUCCCGCGCCUCGAAACCCAGGCAUUCUUCAGUCCCCAUCCCAGCUCCCCAUCGAAGCAAAAAGGAGCAGAGAACAAGGCGACUGGAGAGUUUUCAGAAGAUUCUGGUGUGUUGGGGAUUGUAACGGAAACCACCCUACCGCCAGGCUUAGAAUCGGCGCCCGCAGUUUCAAAUACUGAGCGCUGGGUACUCUUGUGUCACGGGUCUGUGCUAGGAGAGGAAGGGUAGACUUUCCCCAGCGCCCGCUCGGGCGCACCAGCAGGUCCUCUUGGCUUUCUCUCUCGCCCAAGCUUCUAAAGGAGUAGACCUGAGCGUAACAACAGACUCUGUUUCCUGCUCCGGUUUAUCUCGAUGACCGGGCACCUGGACCGGGUUUUAGGGAUACGCCUUCGGAGCCCUGGCCAAUCCCGGCCUCGCCACCGCCAGCCGUUGGUUCCAGACUGUGGACUUCUGGGCCCCAGAGGGUUUCUGCCUUUCAAGCGGUGCCUAAUAAGUAAUUUUCUUGUUUAAACUAUUUAUUUAUUUAUUUAUUUGCAGUGUUUGAAAACGCGUCUCUGCUUUCCUUUUCUCUGCUCGUCUAGCCCCAGGCCUAUUUUCCGGAACACUGGGGGGGGGGGGUGGAGAUGGGAGUACAGGGAAGCUCUUCCCCAAGGCCACCUCAAAACCUCUCCUCUUUGCUGGGUGUUCUGAUUAUCCUUUCCUCUAGACUUUCUAUUUUUGCUUGUGUCCAGUGAAGUUUUUUUCCCCCCAUACGUUUCUUACUGUAGUCUCUCGUUUGUCUUAUAACUUAUGUGUGUCAGCCUCCUCCCCGUGAAAUGUGGAUAGUCCUGAGCUCCUGGCUUUAAAUAUCAGCCUGUGUAUGAUUUGAGCAGAGGCUUUAAAAUAUAUAUGUAUAUAAAUAAUACAUGCACAUAUCAUAUAUAUUUUUAUUUAUUUAUCUUGCUCCUUGUCAUGAGUCCAUGAAACAAUUGCCAACUGCAGCCACUAAUGCUCACAGCUGUGAGGCCGGCUGAGACAUUUUCAGAUUUGGAGUUUAAGCAGUACUCAAACCUGGAACCGAGAAAUCUAAUUCAGACACAGAUCUUAAAGUCUGCUAAGGAUGUCUUCACUUAUAUCCCUGCUUCCUCUUGGUUUCAACAAAGGUUAUUCUAACAUGUAACCCAGUUAACACUGUCACUUUGAAAGUGGAGUAAUUUGCAUCUAUUUUUAAUCUCACCAACUACGUUGGAAGCCUGAGCAGGGCAAGGACCAAUAAUUUGGUUUCUUUGUAUUUCCUGUGUUGCUCUAGUAUGCUGGCUUGUACAUAGUAGGUACUAAAUACAUGUUUGUUAGUUUAUUGUUUAAGUAAUCCCAAGUGUAGUACAAAGAUCAGGAGAUACUAAAUUUGGGGUUCUCAGGUUCUCUCAUUGACAUGAUACACAAUGGUUGAAAUCAGUAUGGAAAAAUAUUUUAUGUAUAUUUUCUUCAGAAGCAUUUUGCUUUCCUGAAAGCAGUAAACAAGAGUUAAGAUGCCCCUAAUGUUUUGUUUAAACAAAUAACAAUAUGCUUUUGGUCAUAAAUGGGAAAUUUUUGUUCUG